UUAAACCGAGGGAGAGAGAGAGAGAGAGAGAGAGAGAGAGAGAGAGAGAGAGAGUGAGAAUGAAAGAGAAGGAACAUCAACAUCAUGAUGGUGGUGGUGGUGGGCAGAGCAAGGGAAGAGCGAGCAUCCCACCGUACAUGAAAGCGUUUUCAGGGUCGAUAGGUGGAAUCGUGGAGGCGAGCUGCCUUCAGCCAAUCGACGUUAUCAAGACUCGCCUACAGCUCGACCGCACCAAUACUUACAAAGGCAUAGUACACUGCGGGAGCACCGUCAUUCGCACGGAGGGUCUCCGCGCCCUCUGGAAGGGCCUCACCCCCUUCGCCACCCACCUUACCCUAAAGUAUGCCCUCCGCAUGGGCUCCAACGCCAUUUUCCAAUCUGCCUUCAAGGACUCCCACACCGGCCAUCUCUCCAAUCGCGGCCGCAUGAUGUCUGGCUUCGGAGCUGGCGUCCUCGAGGCUCUCGUCAUUGUCACCCCCUUUGAGGUGGUGAAGAUUAGAUUGCAACAACAGAAGGGACUAAGUACGGAGCUUUUGAAGUACAAGGGCCCCAUACAUUGUGCACGCGUGAUUAUUCGUGAAGAAGGCAUCCUUGGACUCUGGGCUGGGGCGGCACCUACUGUGAUGCGGAAUGGUACAAACCAAGCUGCUAUGUUCACAGCUAAAAAUGCAUUUGACGGCUUCCUAUGGAAGAAACAGGAAGGUGACGGGAAAGUCCUCCAGCCAUGGCAGUCAAUGGUAUCUGGGUUCCUGGCAGGGACUGCCGGCCCUGUGUGCACGGGCCCAUUUGAUGUUGUCAAGACAAGGCUGAUGGCCCAGAGCCGCUCAGGUGGCGAUGUUAAGUACAAGGGUAUGGUCCAUGCAAUCAGGACGAUAUUUGCAGAGGAGGGCUUGGUUGCUUUGUGGAAGGGGCUGCUGCCUAGGCUCAUGAGGAUUCCUCCUGGCCAGGCGAUCAUGUGGGCUGUGGCUGAUCAGGUGAUGGGCUUCUAUGAGAGAAGAUACAUUCAUAACGCACUCAUAUAACUAACAUUGAUUGCUUGUGCUCAUUCAAAUUCAAGCACAAAACCCAUAUAUAUAUAUAUAUAUUAUUUUUUAUU